AUGUCAGAUCGGCCUCAUGACCACGCCCCUCGGGAUAGUUUGAUUACAAGUAGCAACGAAGCGAUCCCACCUCGAUAUCAGAGCUCACCUGCACCGCUCGAUCAGUAUGCAAGACCCCCACCCGCACAUUCGACCAGUGCACCAUCGCCGACUUUGUAUCGGCAACCGUCAGGAAAUGGCCGUGCAAUGGAACUGCCGCCGUUACCACAGGCGCUCAGUGCUCAAGGUGGGAGAUUUCCUCCGGCCUCGAGGUUGGCGGGAUUGUCCUCCAUGCUGAACCCAGCUGAACCCGAAGAGAGUUCCCAAGCACGGAGACGAAAAGCCUCGCACUUGGACUCGCCCAGCUCUUCAUCUGCCAGGCUUCCUCCACUGGCGACUAGCGACCCUUCGUUCCACCCUUCAAGAGCAACGCCUACUCCGACGUCUAUGAAUCUGCCCGGUUCUUAUGGCGAGAGGCCUCCACGCAGGAUUUUGACUCCAAGGUCGCCUUCACUGCAGCGUGCUGCAAGCCUCAACCAGCUCAAUGCACCAACUUCAGCGACGUACAGUGCACAGCAAGCGCCUUGCGCAGUUUCUCCACGGAGCAGAGCCUACGCUAUCGAACCAGGAACAUCUGGCGUGCCGCCUCUACCUACGCCACCAGCAGGAGCAAGAACAAGUUAUGCUUCUUCCGCCCCAACACCACCAGUGCCAGCCUCGCGACGGACUAGUAUUGGCGGGGCUCGUGGUCAAAGACUUGUGUCUGAAAGCACUAGCCCAAUCUCAUCCUACUCGGGCCACAGUCAGCAAGGUCCGGGCUCUCCCAAUGCGCUUUCAUCCUCGACCUCAAUGCCAACAUUGUCCGCCGCCUACUCUGCUAACCACGAAUCAUCGAGCUCAGGUGGACACGAGCGACAACGACCAUUUGGAGUGCCUAUCUCGUCUUCUGGGGGGCAGAAUGUAUACCAAAUGAUGACUCUGGAGACUACAUCAGGCACAGUGCAACUUCCAGUCGAUGUACAGGCGGCUUCGCGAGUCGCCGACGAAAAGAGAAGGCGCAAUGCUGGUGCCAGUGCUCGAUUCAGGCAGCGGCGCAAAGAGAAGGAGAAGGAGGCUUCGACAAUGAUCUCGAGGCUGGAGCAGCAGAUGAAGGAGAUGGCCGAGGAUGCAGAUUUUUACAAGCGUGAGAGAGAUUAUCUGGCGGGUGUUGUUCUGCAGUCACCUGGUGGAGACCGCCACUUCCCACGACCUCCGUCCCCACGCCAUCGAAGAAGCUCGUCGUUGGCUGGCUACAGCGCAUCAGGAAGCACAGGAUACGCGGCCGCUCAUGAGCAAGGAGGUAGGAGCCCAGAUGAUGGUCGGAAUGUCCGCCGCAGGACGUCGACUGUCUCACUGCCUCCUCCACAAGCGCAGAAUCCGGCACCUAGGCAGCCUUAUCAGCAAGGCUACCCGCCGCAGAACUACGCUCAGCCUCUGGCUCCGCAAUCUCAGCCACCCGCUAUGCAUCAACCUAGCACUCUACUACCAGCGCCUAGUAAUCGCAACACCCUACCUCCUCCACCACCUCCUCCGGGGCCGCUCAUUCAGCUGGCGCCACAGACUGGACCAUGGAAUCCUUAUGAUCAACGAAGACCAGGGCCUCCAGCGCCGCCUGGACCGCCUGGACAGCAUCGCGAGAGUCGAUGA